CAGGGACUACCAAAUCCGUUUCUCCGCCCGCCGAGGGAAGUGCUGUGGGGCGGGAGCGAGAGCCAGACCCGGAUGCCAAGCAGCCGCGGGUGCGCAGGGAGGGUAUGGGGUGCCCGGCUCUCCGGGCGGAAAGGAAAAGCCACGCACCUGGCGCUGAAUGUGCUCCUGUGCCGGCUCCACUUUUCUAUCCUGUGCUUGGCCGUUCUCAGCCUCGGACUUUCUCACUUGCGCGUUGUGCCUGUUUCUUAGUUUUAAAGGUGGCGGGCUAGCGAGUGAUGGAGACAGCUCGCUCCGAAGAAUGCGUGGUCACUCUUCUCCAGCGUCUCCACGGUGGGGUCCGAAGCGGCGUAAUAGCCCGCUUGGCGGCAAUCGAGUGGAAAAGUCAGAAAGCCCUAAUCAACUAAGGCGCGGUGGGGAAGUGAGCACGUGGCGCCCGGACCUAAGUUUUUCAAAUGGGGUCGGGGACGCAGCGGGCUCGGCUGCAGUCGGGAGCGCGGAGCUCCGGGCGCGCGCUUGGUCCCAGCCCCGGCCCUGGGCGGCGCUGCAGACCCCAGUGCCCCAGUUUCCUUCCUCUGGAUGCCGAGGCGCACCUGCCCGUGGGGACCCACGCAGGACGUGGAAGGUGCUGAGGGCGUGUCACCCUGGCCGCAGGCCCUGGAAGAGCGCGAGGCUGGAGUGGAUCCCCUUGAGUCGGACCGCGCAGGGGCAGGCAUCCUCCUCCCGGGGCCCUCGCCCCACGCCGCCGCGCCCUCAGGAUGAAGAGGCAGACCCUGCCUGCUCCUGUCGCCAUCACCACCACCAGCAGUGGCCCUGGGUGUUCUGUCUCCUCCCCAGGCCUGAGGAGGUUUGCCCCUCAACUUUUUCCCACCACCAUCUUUUUGCCUUUACACAUGCACAGGAAUCCCCUGUUAUCUGAAGGCUCGAACUCUUGGUUCUCUCCACCAUGCUGUCUUGUUCCUUCCAUCACAAUCAGGAUUUUUUU